GGUUGCUCAGGCCUCCCUCAAACUAGCCAAUGAGAAGUGCACGGGUCCUGGUGGCCUAGGAAACCGCGUGACAACAAGAUGGCGGCGCUGCGGGACGGCUAGUGGCCCUGCGUGUCCCUUCCCAAGCACCACCAGGCCAAAGGUCUCUCAAUUCAGAGCAGAGAGCCGUAUACCCAGAAGAGCAUGCAGAUAACAGAAACUUCCAGAAACCUCUGUGGGGACAGUGGAAGAGGCAAAAGGGCUGACUUCCUGCAUUCCUCUAGGGAGUUCCUGACAGCUGGAUUCUAGACGUAGAACUAUGAGCUCACCUUUGGCCUCCCUUAGCAAGACCCGGAAAGUGCCCCUGCCCUCGGAGCCUGUGAAUCCUGGGAGGCGAGGAAUCCGCAUCUACGGAGAUGAAGAUGAGGUGGACAUGUUGAGUGAUGGGCGUGGCUCAGAAGAAAAGAUCUCAGUCCCUUCCUGCUAUGGUGGCAUAGGUGCCCCGGUGAGUCGGCAAGUCCCUGCAUCGCAUAACUCGGAGCUGAUGGCCUCCAUGACGAGGAAGUUGUGGGACCUGGAGCAGCAGGUGAAGGCCCAGACUGAUGAGAUACUGUCCAAGGUGGGGCUCCAGGAUCGGAAGAUAGCGGCCCUGGAGGACCUGGUGCAGACCCUCCAGCCACAUCCAGCCGAGGCAACCCUGCAGCGGCAGGAGGAACUGGAGACGAUGUGCGUGCAGCUGCAGCGGCAGGUCAGGGAGAUGGAGCGGUUCCUCGGUGACUAUGGCCUGCAGUGGGUGGGCGAGCCCAUGGACCAGGAGGACUCAGAGAGCAAGACGGUCUCAGAGGAUGGCGAGAGGGACUGGAUGACAGCCAAGAAGUUCUGGAAGCCAGGGGACUCAUUGGCGCCCCCUGAGGUGGACUUUGACAGGCUGCUGGCCAGCCUGCAGGAUCUUAGUGAGCUGGUGGUAGAGGGUGACACCCAGGUGACACCAGUGCCCGGCGGGGCACGGCUGCGUACCCUCGAGCCCAUCCCGCUGAAGCUCUACCGGAAUGGCAUCAUGAUGUUCGACGGGCCCUUCCAGCCCUUCUACGAUCCCUCCACACAGCGCUGUCUCCGAGACAUAUUGGAUGGCUUCUUUCCCUCAGAGCUCCAGCGACUGUACCCCAACGGGGUCCCCUUUAAGGUGAGUGACUUGCGCAAUCAGGUCUACCUGGAGGAUGGGCUGGACCCCUUCCCAGGCGAGGGCCGUGUGGUGGGCAGGCAGCGGAUGCACAAGGCCUUGGACAGGGUAGAGGAGCACCCAGGCUCCAGGAUGACUGCUGAGAAAUUUCUGAACAGGCUCCCCAAGUUUGUGAUCCGGCAAGGCGAGGUGGUUGACAUCCGGGGCCCCAUCAGGGACACCUUGCAGAACUGCUGCCCAUUGUCUGCCCGGAUCCAGGAGAUUGUGGUGGAGACGCCCACCUUGGCCGCUGAACGAGAGAGGAGCCAGGAGUCGCCCAACACGCCGGCACCCCCGCUCUCCAUGCUGCGCAUCAAGUCUGAGAAUGGGGAACAGGCCUUCCUACUGAUGAUGCAGCCUGACAACACCAUUGGGGACGUGCGAGCUCUGCUAGCGCAGGCCAGGGCCAUGGAUGCCUCCGCCUUUGAGAUCUUCAGCACAUUCCCACCCACCCUCUACCAGGAUGAUGCACUCACGCUGCAGGCUGCAGGCCUGGUGCCCAAAGCAGCACUGCUGCUGCGGGCACGCCGAGCCCCGAAGUCCAGCCCGAAAUUCAGUCCUGGUCCCUGUCCCGGUCCCGGCCCCAGUCCCAGCCCCCAAUAAAGUGCCCGCCCCCUCAA